UGCUCUCCCUCCCGAUUCAGAGCGCCGCCACCCACCGCGUCCCCCCGACCAUGGCCUCGCCCCGUCUCCUUCAGACCUCGCCGCCGCCGCCGGCCAUGGCCUCGGCCCUCUCCCCUCCCCUCCCCCUCAUCAGAUCAGAAGAGAAGAGAAGAGAAGAGAAGAGAAGAGGGAGGGGGAUCGAGCGAGCAGGAGGUCCCAGAUGAGAUCCGCCGCCGGCCGGCCCCAUCCCCACAGCCGCGCCCGUGCACCUCUCCCCUCUCUCUCUUCCGAUUCGUUCCGCACCCCUCCGGCGACCUGUCUCCCCCAUCCCACCACACCCCUCCGUCGACCCUGCUCUCUCCCCCACCACACCCCUCACCUUCUCUGCCAGAUCGAGCAGGGCGGCCAUGGCUCUCCGGCCUCCCCCGUCUAGUUGCUGCUGUUCGAGCUCCUCUCAGCUCCCACCGACCACAUCAAGGGCCUCUGCCGUUGGGUCUCCGCGGAUCCACGGCGCCCCGAUGCAGGCGGCUCCCAACCCUAGCCGACUACAUCAAGGCUCAAAGGGGCUCCUCUUCACCGGCGCCGGCUUCAUCAGCAAGAAGAUGGCAGCUUCCUCCUCGGGUGUCAGGGCCGCUAACUCACCAAACCUCCGUCCCUCCUUCAAUUAUUUCCCAAUUUCUCUGUGUGUUGAAGCAGGGACGCCUCUUAGUGGAAAUGAAUCCAUUUUAACCCUAUGCUUGUGGAUGCAAAAUUCUCGUUCUGCAAAUUUGAAGGAAUGUGCUGUAGAAGUUUAUUGGUGAAUGUGAGUGUUUAGGAUUUGAAAGUGGUGUUAUGUUUUAGUUGCCGAGGUGGCCGAUGAACCUUCUGAUGUAGAGACAGAGCUAUCGGUUGAUGACGUAAUUUAUGUGUUCAAGUGAUAUUUUUGUUGGGAUUUGUGUGUGAUGUCAGUCAUUGCUCAUGCUCCCUAUGAAGCUAUAGCUUUCUUAAGUAAGGUAUACAUGUGCUUAUUAUUUCCUAUUGUAACUGCAAGGCAUUUUGAUUUCCCCCUUUUGAGCUCAGCUUUCUUAUCUGUAUCAUUUGUUCGUGCCUUACCUGCCAAUGAACCUUCUGCUGUAGAGACAUAGCUAUUGGUUGACAGUGUAAUUUAUGUGCUCAAGUGAUUUUUUGUUGGGAUUUCUGUGUGAUGUCGUUUGUUCCUCAUGCUGCAUAUGAAGCUACAGUUUACCCUUCUUUCAUAGAUUACAUGGGUUCAUUAUUUUCUUAUUAUAAUUGCAAGGCAUUUUUAUUUCUGUGUUUUGAGCUCAGCUUUCUUAAUUAUAUCCUUUGUUUGUGUUGGUGCCUUGAGCUGCCCUUCCACCUUUGUUACAGUGUCAUACCCCAGUAUUAUGCCAGGGUUGUGCCACACCUGACCUGUUGGAUACUGUGUUUGGCAGGGUUGAGAAGAGGUUUUUUUUUAAUGGGGCUCCCUGCUCUAUAUGAGGAUGUUAUGUUUGUAUUUUCGACCCUGGAGCAGAGGACAAGGCUGGGGAUGUUCUAUCGGUUCUAAUAGAAGAACACGAAGUAUUUCUGAGCUCAGCAUGAUUGUGGCUGACAAAACUAGAGGUUUUCAUAGGGCAAAGCUGGUCAUCAUCAACCCGGGGCUCUACGUGGACGUGUUCUGGAUACCACAGCACCGGAGCUUCCCAACAUCCUUCAUGCUCUUUACCGGUAAUAAGCAAGCCUUGGACGAUGAUGACCAUGGCCAACACUUUCGUGAUUCUUGUGCUGUCGACGGUGCAUUGCUGGCGGACCAUCUUCUCUCAUCAAGCGAGGAUGAUGAUGAUGCCGAGGACCUGAGCUGUUGCUUGAUCAUCUAUUGUUGCUGGAUUCUUUCAACCCUCUUGGUUUGGAAAUCCUUGGCUGUCCAGUAGAACAAAAUGCUUGUAGAUUUUGUAGGGAUGGUGUGUAUUGCAGUAUUUAGCAUUUAGCUUAACAAAAUGCUUGUAGAUUUUGUAGGGAUGGUGUGUAUUGCAGUAUUUAGCAUUUAGCUUAACAAAAUGCUUGUAGAUUUUGUAGGGAUACUUGAUUUGUGGGAUACUUGAUCUUGCAACUGUGACUUGACUAAUAGAGUAGAAAAUAUCUUAUUAACGAGGAGAGACAGGCAGCAGCACGACGAGGAUUAGGGGAAGUAGCAGCAGUAGCAUGACUCUGCAUAGAAGUGGUUUCGAAAAAGCUCGAACAGCAAUGAGCUUGUUUUAUUUGCUGAUAAGGCUAUAUAAUGUGAUUUCUCUAUCA